AGCCUCGCAUCCAACAAUCCCUUCCGCAACUAUCGCGCUACCUCUCCAAGCCACCUCAACACUUCCUUUCCCACGACGCCUACAUCCCCCUUCGACGACCCAAUGCCGUCCUCGCGCCCUCUGUCGCGGAACCCGUUCCUGGACCAGCCGCUCGCUCCACGGCCUGCCGAUGUGGCAGCUGCAGCCAAAACCCAGUCUCUCACUGCUGAGGAGAUCUUCGGAUCUCUGACGCUUGACGACUCUCCUGCGUUUUCAGUCAAGCAGCCCAUUGAUUCAACACUGCUGAAGAAGCGCCCUACAGACCGACCCGCGCCUCCUCGCCGUGAAAGCGAGAGCACCGCGUCUGGCAAAGCUGCUGAGAAGCAUCGUCCUACUCGCUCCCAGGAGGAGGCCCUGAGAGCUCGCAAGCCGCCUCCACCUGGAUCAAAGCCGCCAGCGCCAAAGCCGACAACCCGCCCCAGCCUUCUGGAUGAUUCGCCGCCUCGUAAGCCGGUGCAGCGACGCCCAAGGCGCAACUCCGACUCGUCUGUCAUGGACUUUGAUAGCAAGUCCCUCACGGCUGAAGAAAAGAGGAUGAUUGAGGCCAGGCGCCGCCAGCAUAGCAAGACCAAAUCAACACGUCCCAGCCGUAAAAUGGACAUUAUUGAUCAGCUGGACGCCACCAGCAUCUACGGCACAGGCUUAUUCCACCACGAUGGACCCUUUGAUGCUUUGAACCCUCAUCGGAAUCGCCAGAACAGCAAAAAGCUGUCUCCGAUGCAAGCAUUUCCUGAGGGCUCCCUCAAUAACACACUGGGCGGCUCCGGCCCCCUCAAUGCGCAGGCCGAUCACUCGACCUUUAUGGGCCACGGUGGUGAUGAGGCGUUCCAGGACUUUGCUGCCAGUGGAAAGGGCAAGAGCUCUCGAGAACCCAUCAUUUUUGAUGCUCAGGCACGCACAACCUUGGUGCACGGUGAUGAGAGCCAUGGCUUGGGCACUUCAACUUUCCUUGAAGGAACGCCGGCUGCGCGAUCGGCCAUUGUUCGCCGACAAGUAGAGCAUGCUCAAGAAUUGGCCGAAGGCGGUUUGCAGCGGAAGAAGUCUGUGGCUCAGAGAAUCAAACAGAGGGUGCGACCAGACUAUAGCAGUAGGCCCAUGCCUGGCCAUGGCCGUUACGACUCGGACGAUUUUGGCGAAGAGCGCAUCACCGUCCCCAGACCUCCCCCACGCGAACGCGAACGAGAAGGCAGACUUUCGCCGCCGCCCAUGCCACGACGAGGCUCAGGAAGUGCUCUGGAGCGACGAACAAGCGCGGACGAAUUACCAUCCCCUUCCAAUGAGGCUCCUGCUAAGCCAUCCGGCCUCCUAGGCCGAAUGAAGAGUUUGAAGGGAGGCAGGCGA